AUGGCCCAUUCCGGGUCGUCGCCCGUCAUCAAGUGGCAGUUCCCAGUCCGUCUACUCGCCUCGUACACUCUUGAUUGGAUCAUCCUUGUUGUCGUCGUCAUCGCCGGUGGUUUCCUUGGACGGAUCACACCCAACAAGCGACCCUUUGCCCUUGACGACCCGGGCAUCUCAUUUCCCUACGCUGAUCAUGAAACCGUUCCGACCUGGCUCCUCGUCGUCCUCUCUGCCCUUGUCCCCGUUGUCAUCAUCUCCAUCGUGUCCAUACUGCUCAUCCCUGGUGGCACGGUGCCCAAGAAGACACCCAUAAGCCUCAUCUGGAGGCUCAAGUUAUGGGAGCUUCACGUUGGCUGGCUCGGGUUGCUCAUGGCUGUCGGCUCGGCCUUCUUCUUCGUUUCUGGCAUCAAGAACAUGUGUGGCAAGCCGCGACCCGACCUGCUUUCGCGCUGCCAACCCGACCUUGCGGAUCGGUCUAAAUAUCGAGUCGGCGGCUUUGACGGGCAGCCAACUGCCAAUGUUCUCUACUCUGGCGACAUAUGCAAGCAAACGGACAAGAGCAAGCUCGACGACGGUUUUCGAAGCUACCCCAGCGGUCAUUCUGCCGCCGCAGCCGCCGGUCUCAUCUACCUUUCACUCUUUCUCGCAAGCAAGUUCUCGGUGACGAUUCCGUUUGUUGUUCUCGAUGGAACGACCUUUACUGAAGCCUCUACGCACGUAGCCUUCCCCUCUCUGGCACAGCACAAGGAUGGCGCGUAUGAACCGGCACGUUCGCGAAGUGGUGGAACUAACUUACCAGCGUCAUUUCCACCAGUCAAGACGCAGCCUGCGAUUCGCAAUAGGCAACACAAUGCGAAGCUCCAGUCCAUGCGGCGGCAGGCCGCUGCCCCGCCAGUAUAUCUCCUAGUCAUCGUCCUUGCACCCUUCUGCCUCGCCAUCUUCAUCUCGGCUUCUCGAUGGUUCGACUUCCGCCACCACGGCUUCGAUAUCCUCUUCGGAUUUUUGAUUGGAAUGUUUACCGCCAUUUACAGCUUCCGAUAUUACCACCUCCCGAUCAUGUCUGGUGCUGGCUGGGCCUGGGGCCCUCGCAGCGAGGAUAGGGCGUUCUGGGCGGGCGUUGGCCGCUUGGGUUAUGUCGGCACCAGAGAUGACUUUAACAACAGGGUGGACCGCUCUGAUCAGGGGGAGUCCGGCGAUGUCAAUGAGCAUUCUUCCCAUGGCCCUGCAGCCAUGAGCAGUCUUGGCUACCGUGUGAACCAGUACGGCGAGGCGCCGCCAGCUCCAGGCCGUCAACAGGCCGGCCCCUAUGAGACGUUUGAGAUGAACGAUAUCGCAUACCGGCAAUAA